AUGUCGCCAAUGCCUUGGGAACUCCCGGCAUGGGUGCCUCGCCGAUCGUGGCUCGCCUGCACUAUCCUGGUCCUCACAUCGUGUGUGACAUCCACGACUCUCGGCUUUGAUGGUUCCAUGAUGAAUGGACUCAACAUCCUCCCCUCGUACACCGACUACUUCACCUUGACCACGGCCACUUUGGCGCUCAACACGGCGUCAGUGUGGAUGGGCAGCGCAAUAGCAGGCAUCGGGUACGCGAAAGUCCCCGACUGGGUCGGUCGCAAGUGGGCGCUGUUCUUCGGUGCCGUCUCCACCAUUGUCGGUGUCGUCCUCCAGACGGCUGCUCAGAAUAUUGCCAUGUUUGUGAUCGCGAGGAUCAUCAUCGGCUUCGGUACUGGCGCCUCGUCCAUCGCUGCGCCUGUGUACUUGUCGGAGACCGUCCCUGUAAAGCUGCGAGCUGUCUCGUUGGCCCUUCUGUAUGACUUUUGGUAUGUUGGCGGUCUGAUCGCCGCGGGCGUCACCUACGGCACCGCAAAGAUGGAUUCCACCUGGGCCUGGCGUCUUCCGUCGGCGCUGCAAGGCCUCUUCAGUGUUCUCUGCAUCGUCCUGAUUCCUUUCACGCCAGAGUCGCCUCGCUGGCUGCAAGACCAGGGCCGCGGCGAAGAAGCUCUUCUGGCAUUGGCCCAGACCCAUUCAAACGGGAAUAUCGAUGAUCCAGCUGUAACUGUUCAGUUCCGCCAGAUCGCAGACACCCUGGCAUACGAAAAGUCUUUGGAGAAACCUUCUUUCGUGAAACAGUUCGCCAACAGCUCAUCCACACGCAGGCGCAUCUUCUUGGUCUGCACCGUCGCCGUCUUCUCCAUGCUCUCCGGAAACAACAUCAUCUCAUAUUAUUUCGGGACCAUGCUCACGCAGGCCGGAGUCACCGACUCGACCACACAGCUGGAGAUCAACAUCAUUCUCAACGCAUGGUGUCUGGUGGUUUCCCUCGUGGGCACUGCCAUGGCUGACAGGUUGGGUCGCAAGGCUCUGGCCGCCAUUUCCACAGCGCUGUUGACCAUCUUCAUCUUCCUUGUGGGCGGGCUGACCAAAGUGUAUGGCAACUCAACGAACAACUCCGGUAUCUAUGGGACAGUCGCCACAAUCUUCCUCUUCCAGGGCGCGUACAGUUUUGGCUGGACCCCUCUUACUGUCCUCUACCCUCCGGAAGUCCUCAACUACGGCCUCCGCUCGCUCGGUAUGGGGAUUUACACUUUUCUCGUAAACGGUGUGGGUUUAAUGGUGACCUUUUCCUUUCCCUUUGCGCUCCAAGCUAUUGGAUGGAAGACGUACAUGAUCAACGGAGCGUGGGACGUUCUUGAGCUGGUGGUGGUCUUGGUGUUCUGGGUCGAGACCAGUGGCCGGACGCUGGAGGAGAUUGAUGAGAAUCUGGACGGAGAGGUCCACAGCGAGGCGCCCAAACUGAGGGCCAUCAUGGGCGUGGCGCCAGAAGAUAGAGAAGGAAUUGUGGAUGCUUUGGCUUUGGGAAAGGACAAGAAGAUGGAGAUCCUGGGUGAAGUGACAGAGGUGGCUAAGGAGUAA